AUGGGUGUUAACGUCGUCCUGGGCACCCAAUGGGGCGAUGAGGGAAAAGGAAAACUUGUCGACAUACUCUCUGCUGAAGCCGAUCUAUGCUGUCGCUGUGCCGGCGGGAACAAUGCUGGCCACACGAUUGUUGUUCCUGCCACGGUCGACAGACCGAAGACGACGUACGAUUUCCAUCUUAUACCCAGCGGGGUUAUCAAUCCAAACUGCACGGGUAUUAUAGGAUCGGGCGUUGUGAUCCACUUGCCCUCCUUCUUCAAGGAGUUCCAGGGACUAAAGGAGAAAGGACUCGAUUGCAGUGGCCGCGUGUUCAUCUCCGAUAGGGCGCAGCUUGUAUUUGAUUUUCAUCAAAUCGUAGAUGGUUUGAAAGAAGCGGAGCUCCAAGUGGGAGGCUCAAGGUUUGCUUUCGUUCGCCUCAGUGACCCAUACCUCGUACUCACUUCAGGACCAAGUAUUGGCACCACUAAGAAGGGUAUUGGCCCGGCUUAUUCUGGAAAAGCUUCUCGCUCAGGCCUUCGAGUCCAUCACUUGUUUGACCACGAAACCUUCGCCACCAAGUUCCGCAAGGUUGUCGAAGGACGCUUCAAGCGAUAUGGUCCCUUUGAGUACGACACCGAAGCCGAGAUCCUUCGAUACAAGGAGCUCGCAGAACGUCUUAGACCUUUCGUUACCGACACUUUGCUGUUGGUCCAUUCCGCCAUAACCUCUUCCCCUCCUAAGCGUGUCCUCGUAGAAGGGGCUAAUGCGCUCAUGCUUGAUCUUGAUUUUGGGACCUAUCCCUAUGUAACGUCAUCGUCUACUUGCAUCGGAGGCGUUUGCACAGGUCUUGGUAUUCCUCCUAAGCAGAUCAGUACAGUGUUUGGCGUCGUCAAGGCCUACACGACCCGCGUUGGCAAAGGACCAUUUCCCACCGAACAACGAAACGCCAUCGGAGAGCAUCUUCAAGAAGUAGGAGCCGAGUAUGGGACUACAACUGGACGAAGAAGACGUUGUGGAUGGCUAGACCUCGCUGUACUGAAACAUUCCUGCAUCGUUAACGGCUAUGAUGCGUUCAAUCUGACUAAACUCGAUGUCCUUGAUGACUUAGACGAGAUUAAGAUCGGUGUCGAGUACGUUGUAGACGGAAAAGUGCUUCCUGGAUUCCCAGCCGAUCUAGAUCUCCUUUCGCGUGUAGACGUCACCUAUGUAACGAUGCCUGGCUGGAAAACUUCGAUAUCCUCCAUCACGACGUACAGCGACCUUCCUCCCAACUGUCGCGCCUAUGUGGAGGAGAUCGAACGCCGUAGUGGCAUCCCAAUAGAGUGGAUUGGGGUAGGGCCCGGGCGUGAAGCAAUGAUCAGAAAGAGAACACAUCCAGAGGAUGCCUUGCAACCAGAUGGUUAUCCUAAAAUCGUCUGA